AGAUGUGACAUAAGAUUAUGCUAACGUUACAGCCGCCAGUAGGUGAAAGGAACAUACACACUAACUUGGUUGCAGACAUAUUAAAACUGUUGAAGCAGUACUGUCUGCUUUCUUGAGUAGCCCACAUACUCGCUUGUUUAAUGUUAUAGUUAACGUUAAGAAGAACAUGUCGGUCAUUAGCAGUCUGCUUCAGUGUCCUCCAAGCUAGAUAAGUUGUCUGAAGUGUCCGUCAGCCUUCUGGAGUUGAACUUCUCUCAGUCUGAAUCAGAAGCACUCUAUUGUCAAGAGUGUCCACGCAAUCUCGAAAAUGUUAGCAUGUCAACGCUGGCUGCGACCUCAAAACGUAAACUUCCUGAGGUUAACCCUCCGCAGGCUUGCUGUCAAUCCAUGCACGAGAAACAUCAGUCUGUCAGUGGCACACAGUCAUGGGGCCUCCAUGCGCGCGUGGGUCAUCAAUCGGUACGGUACGAACGAUGAGCUGGCUUUGACGGAAAACCACCCGGUGCCCAGUGUGAACUAUGCACAUGAGGUCGUCGUCCAAGUUCACGCAGCUAGCCUCAAUCCACUUGAUAUAUCAAUGCGCGGUGGGUAUGGUGCAGGUGUGUUGCGCUUAAGGAGGGACCCCCGCACACUGUUGCAGAGAGGGGCUGAGUUUCCUCUGGUGCUGGGCAGAGAUGUGUCCGGUGUGGUCCUGGAGUGUGGCUCAGGGGUUACUCACGUUCAAGCAGGAGAUGAGGUGUGGGCAUCAAUUCCUCCAUGGCAGCAAGGCAGUUUUGCAGAGUGUGUGCUCCUGAAUGGCAGUGAUGUCUCUCUGAAGCCUGAAGCGCUGAGUCAUGUUGAGGCAGCGUCCAUCCCAUAUGUGGCGGGAACAGCCUGGUCAGCUUUGGUUACGACAGGAGGCCUGCACAGUGAGAACUGCUCCAAGAAGAGGAUCUUGGUGCAUGGGGCAUCAGGUGGAAUAGGCACUUUUUCUAUUCAGCUGCUGAAGGCCUGGGGUGGUCAUGUGACAGCCACCUGCUUCAAGGAUGGCGUCGGCCUGGUCAAGGAGCUGGGAGCAGAUGAUGUCAUCGACUGCUCAACCAUAGACGCAGCCUCGCAGCUAAGGACACACCAGAAGUUUGAUCUGAUUCUGGAUAAUGUGGGUGGAGAGACGGAGAGUUGGGCCAUGGACCUGCUGAAGCCUUGGACAGGGGCAAAGUUUGUGACCUUGGUGUCACCUCUGCUGCGGAACACAGAUUCUCUCGGCCUGGUGGAUGGAGUCGUGCAGUCAGGAAUGACUUUGCAUGACAAGGCCAUUAGGAGCGUGGUAAAAGGUGUUUUUUACCGUUGGGCCUUUUAUGUGCCUGAUGGAGUAGCACUGGAUCGAGUUGGUGAACUGGUAUCAUCAGGAAAGAUCCGCCCAGUUGUCGAGACAACCUACCCAUUCUCCCAGGUCCCUGAGGCCUUCCGGAAGGUUGAGACCGGCCAAGCACGGGGGAAAACCGUCAUCACCAUAGCGACCGAGGAAGCUGAAUCUUCCUCCUCGUCCAAACACACUGACGCCCACACCCCGACCGCCGUGACACACGACACUGACGUGCCUCACACUCACACUGCCAAACACACGUCUUCGCCCGUGGCAGAGGAGAAGACCCACGCCGCCCAAACACACACCCCGUCGCCCGCGAUGGUGGCGGCUGCGAUGGCGGUGGAGGGCCUGGCCGUGGAGGCUGUGGAGGAAGGCCGCGUGGAGACGGGACCUGCACUCGCCGAGGAGUCUGAGCAACCAGGGGCACAGGCAGAGGCAGAGUCGGCAGAGAUGGCACAGGCCACAGAAGCAGAGUCCGCAGAGGUGGCGGCACAGCCUGCAGAGAUGGCACAGGGCACAGAAGCAGAGUCUGCAGAGAUGGCACAGGCCACAGAAGCAGAGUCCGCAGAGGUGGCGGCACAGCCUGCAGAGAUGGCACAGGGCACAGAAGCAGAGUCUGCAGAGAUGGCGGCGCAGGCUGCAGUGGGCACCCAGAUGACUGAGACUGUGUCAACACAGGCCACAGAUGGCCAACUCCCAGUCACUCCCAGAGAGUGAGAGUGGAAACACACACACACACACACACACACACACACCCUCUCUCUCAUACACACACACACACACACACACACACACACACACUCAUACACAUACACAUACACUGACAAAUACCAUAAAGGGAACUGCUAGAGCAGGUUUCAGUGUUGACACAAAGUGAAAAUGGUACGAAAGCUUGGUAAUGUGAGGAAGUUGGAACCUUACAAGAUUUAAUGUUUUUUUUCCCUCUCUCUCUCUCUGACAGACAGGCAGACACACACACACACACACACACACACACACACACACACACACACACACACACACACAUACACACAUACAAUCGCCCUCACAAAUAGGCAAAUAUAAGUGGGGGCACACACUAACACAUUUUGGAUACACACACACACACACAAAACGUGUGUAAAACAGGUACUUUUGAGAUAGCUCGGGCGUGGGGUUCAUGCUGUCAGACACAUGAACAAACACAGCUCAAAUAGUGUGUGAACUAUCACUCUGACAUGGAUGUUUUGUGUGGUGUGGCUUAGUUUAGGGGCUUGUGCUUUCGCUCUUUCUGUUGGAUACACGCACACACACACACACACCACACACCACACACACACACCACAUACACACACACAAUCUUGCUCUACCUCAAACAGUGUAUCUUUUUCGAAGGCUCUCAUGGAAUCUGUCCAAACCCAACAGCCUUAUUUACUUCUGUGGUGGAGGGACCACCUUAUGGCUGGUGUGUAUGUUCAUGUUUGCCUUAAGCAAUAAAC